GGACCUUUCUAAAUCUUAUCUUGUUUAGUAUGAAUUCUCUACUCCAAUUGUUUCAACUUUGAAAGGAUCGAAUCUAGAGUCCUGCAGAUGAUUUUAAAUCCUCGCCCAAUUCAUUCCCUCCCCCGAUCCCUCCUACUGACAAACACGACGAUUAAAUCUUAAAUUAGUCAUCCAUUAAUCUUCCCGCUCCUAUUUCUUUUUCUCCUUCCGCUUUUUCCUCCUUCCUCUUAAUGCGCAAUUAGACUUUCCUUUAGCAAAGUUUUUUAACUUUUGCAGGACACAAGAAAUUAAAUUCCAGGGUAUGCUGGAUCAGGCCAGUAGCGGACCAAAUAACUUUGUCUCUGGCGCUGACAUCUCAACCCAUGUUCAAGUCCCAAACAUGCCAAUUCAGCCGGAAAUGGGCCCCUAUGUCUCAGCAUCAUCCCUUCCUUAUUCAUUUGAAGGCUUGUCAUCCAGCAUCAUUAGUAAUAACAAGCGAGGAAGUAAUGGAAACUUUGCGAACUACAACCAAUACGAAGCUGGAGAUUCAUCUCUGAGCUGUCCCAAGGUGAAAAUGGCUUGGCAAGGUGACAAUAAUCUCCCACCAUCACCUGGUCUUCAGCUCGGCAGUUGGUUUUCUCGAGGCCAAAACUACUAUAACAACCCCAGUACUACUGCUCAAAGCUCAAGGCCUGUGCCAAUUAGAAACAAAUGUUAUGAUCCACUGUAUGAAGAAAUGGGCUUGCCAAUUGACCCCCAUUUGCGCAUGUUCCUGGCAAGGCGUGACAAUGGAGAAUUUGGAGAUCGUUUCUCAUAGGAUUUACUGUUGGAGCUGUUUUUUGGACAACUAAUUCUUAAUUCCGGAAUAAAGUAAUUAUAUAAUCCCUGAAUAAUUGAAGUCUUUUCAGGCUUCUUGUUUCUUAAAAUAGUGCUAAACAAAAUAAUGUGUGAAAACACCGCACGAGUUUAUUAUAGUUUGUUGUCUAACAACUUAUACAGGACUUGAAAAAAUAUUUGUCACAAACAUGUUGAGGCUGCCCAAUGAAUGAUGGUCAACUCAAAUGGAGUUUCAACACAUUAAAACUGUCUGCAUUUUUUAUUUAUUUAUUUCAGUACUAUUAGAGUAAUUUUAAGUGGGGUUGUAAUUUCUUUUGACUACAUAAAUUCUAGCUGUUUAUUUUAUUAUAUUAUCAAUGCCGGACGAAAUUCCUUGACUAA